UAUACAUACCAUUGAACGAUUUCGACUGUGGAGAUAUACUCUAUAACAUUGGUAGGGUUUAACAGUAUUGUCGUUAUUAGGGAGUAGUCUCUCUGGAUAUAGCACCGACUCCAGUGCUGAGAAUUGGAUAUCAUACUGCUUUCCAAGACACCUGACAACACCUUCCUAAGAUCAAUAGAAUCCUCACAAUCAGCCUCUGCACGUACAUGCAUGACCUGUGACGGAAGUUGAGGGACUUCUCACCAAUAUGGCGACUUCACCGCAGAGCGGACAGGCGACCGAACUGAAGAAAACAGUUAACUUUAAACAGUGCACGGCAAUUCUCAUAGCCUUAACGGGACACAUCGCCAUCUUUAUCCGUCCCUCAGACAUUCUGGCGAACAUCGGCUCCAUCGGUGGCUUCUUCAUAUUUUUAUUGGUGAGCGGCCUGACAUGUUUACUCCUGGCCCUGUGUUUUGCCGAGGUCGGGACGAUUUACCCGAAAGCCGGCGGUCCUUACGCCUUCGUGUUGAUCGUGUUCGGUAGUCUGCCCGCCUUCAUAAUCAUGUGGGGAUACAUAUGCCUUAUUGUGGGACCCUUCUGGGUUAUCAUGGCUCACACUGCCGUUCUAUACCUGGUCAAACCAUUCUACCCAAACUGUGACCCCCCGGAGACCGUCCUCAAAUUACUUACAGCCUGGACCCUGGUCACUGUGGUUGUGAUCAACUGUCUGUACAUGAAGUACAUCACCCGUGUCCAAACGUUCCUGAGCGGAACCAAGAUGGUGGCCAUGUUGAUCUUGAUCAUCGUCGGUUUGAUCCAGUUUGCACAAGUUCACAGUUUGGCGGGAAACGUGGAUUCCAUAGUGCCUUCUCCACAAACGACGAAGACGGCUCGUUGGCAUUUUCCGGUUUCUACUGCACAUAUUAAGCAAUCGGCGAUCAUCUCGUCUGGUAGUGUGGUCGUGCUGGAGAUUUUCGUGUACGUACCACUGUCCCUGUACACUUCGUUUGCCGUCCUGAUCGGGUUCUACAUCCUCAACAACAUGGCCUACCUGACACUUCUGACACCACAGGAGAUGAUCCACUCUAACGCCGUAGCCUUGAUGUUUACGGAUCGUGUGGCCCCGCCCCUGACUCCUGUCAUCUCCAUUCUGGUGGCCGUUGCGGCCAUUGGCGUACUAAAUGCUUCCAUCUUAGGUCAUUCCAGAUUAGCAUUCGCCGCAGCAAGGUCCGGUCAUCUCCCUCGAGUCUUCUGCAUGAUCAACCGGAAGUACCUGACGCCUUGGCCUGCCAUUGGCCUACUGUUGCUCAUCUCUCUGACCAUGCUGUUCACCGGUUCUGUGUCACUUCUCGUCGACUUCAUCAGUUUCUUUUCCAUCUUCCUAUCCCUUACCGUUGUUUGCUGCCUGCUCUUCCUCCGAUGGUCCCAGCCAAAUAUUCACCGACCGCUGAAACUAAAUUUGGCCAUUCCCAUUUCGCAACUUUUCGUCACUAUCUUUGUGGAAGCGUUAGCCAUUUAUACACGUCCGCGGAAGUUGGGUCUGGCCAUUCUCAUCGUCGCUGCCGGACUUCCGGUCUAUUGGGUGGGAGUCUGCUGGAAAAACAAACCUAGGAUGAUACGUAGGAUAUCAGAUCAAAUUACUCGCGUAAUACAAUGUGUAUUUGACGUGAACUAUCCUCAGAACAUUUGAUCUUCCUAUCAGCACAGACUAUGGUGCCCAAUUUGUCGCGUAUUGGUGCCCAUUUUGUCGCGUAUUGGUGCCCAUUUUGUCGCGUAUUCCAAGACCAUGUCAGUUAUUGUGGAGGACUUCAGAUCUCAUCCUGCUGACCGGAAGUGGUGAUUUAUGCGGAGUGCUUUGGGAGGUAAAUGUGGACCACAAAAGGGUACAUAAUCAUGGAACAAAUUGUGACAUGCCGUCAAACGUUUGAAAUCAUAUCUGGAGACUGCUGGACACUUCAGCACCAUGAAUGUGGUCCAAAAUAAAACAAACAUUUCUUUGCUGUGUAGACCGCCGCCUUUAGUACCUUUAACAUCUGAGCUUACUUUUUAUGGUCCACCCCAGAUUUUUAUGAGAAUGACUAGAACUUUGCCAGAAGGAUAUUAGCACCUGAUUUAUUGCUGGACUGGUUGCCAGUAGAUCUUCAGGACAUUUGACAAUACUGUUGGACCAACUGCAAGUAGAUAUUUUCGACAUUUAAAAAUACUGAUUCAACGUUAACCAGAAUAUCACAAUUUAAACAGCUUCUUUCCGAUUAAUUGCUUUACCAUUUGUCAAUAGAUCUCCAUGACAUCAUAUUUAGGGCUACUUCUUGACCGUUUGCUAGUAGAUAUUCAAGGCAUCAGAUAACUGCACAGUGCCAGACACGACAUCGGAAAGUACUAGAAUUAGAUUCUACUUCUGUAUACGAGUGUACAAAUGUGCAAGUUUGAACACAAC